UUCUAUCAGAUGGGUGCUAAACGUGAGAACACCUUGGUAGUAGACUUUAGUGUGCUGCCGAAGCGACCAGAUGCAUCUGCCGUACAGAAAUUCAUGUACGGUGAGUUGAAACUGGACAUAGCGGACACCUUAAAAAUUCAGUUUCACAAUGUUAGAAACUGUGUCUACGUCGAGAUGGUAGAUGCAGCAACAGCCAAGCGCUACUUUGCAUCACACCAUCUACAACACACUAUGCAGUGCGAGAAAAAAGCUUUCAAAAUUCCCGUGUUCGUGGAAGACGAAGCCGUUAACGUGAGAAUCCAUGAUCUCCCUCCGAAAACACCUAACACGGUGAUUUUAGAAAGUAUGCGACCAUACGGUACUAUUCUUUCCAUCAGCAGAGAAAUGUGGAAGAAUUAUUUUCCCGGCAUCUACAAUGGAGUACGUGUAGUACGGAUGAAGCUCAAACAACUCAUCCCUACCUAUCUAACGAUCGACGGUGAGACAACAUUGAUUACAUAUCGCAAUCAAACAAAAGUGUAA